AAUCAAAACCUGUGCUGCAGCGCCAUCUCCUGGAUCAAGCGACAACUAAUGUUUUCAUCAACAGUCAUGGCGGCCACCACACGGCUCAUAUCAAGGUUGACAGUUGUUACUGGAGGAGGCAGUGGGAUUGGCCGAGCUGUAUGUCAGCGAUUUGCCUCAGAGGGUGCCACAGUGGUGGUCGCUGACAUCAGCGAGGAGUCAGCCAAUCAGACACUGAGCAGCCUGACCAUUGACCACAAGGGGCAGAAUCACAUGGCGGCUGCAGUGGAUGUUUCAUCAAGGGAGAGUGUAGAGAAGCUGUUAACGAAUAUACAGUGUCGAUACUACCAGUCUCCCUCAGUGUGUGUGAACGCUGCCGGGAUCACUCAGGAUGAGUUCCUUCUGAAAAUGGACGACAAGGACUUCGACAGGGUUAUCCAAGUCAACCUCAAGGGUACAUUCCUCCUCACCCAGGCUGUUGGGAAGGCUCUGGUUGCCUGCGGAGCUCCUAAAGGCUCCAUCAUUACUGUGGGCAGCAUUGUGGGCAAGGUGGGCAAUAUUGGACAGGUGAACUACUCUGCCUCCAAAGCAGGUGUGGAGGGCCUGACCCGAACUGCAGCCAAGGAGCUGAGCCGAUACGGGAUCCGGGUUAACUGUGUCUUACCAGGGUUCAUAACCACACCCAUGACCGAUAAAGUGCCAGAGAAAGUCAUCACUAAGAUAACGUCCUUGGUGCCACUAGGCCGGAUGGGAGAACCUGCUGAGGUGGCUGAUGUGUGUGCCUUUCUGGCUUCAGAUGACUCCCGCUACAUCACUGGAACCAGUAUUGAAGUGACAGGAGGCCUUUACAUUGGCUGAGACAAGCUUCAGUCAUCCACGUGAAGACCAAUGAAGUCCAAGUUAUUGCUAGAAUAUCCCCUCCCUCCCCUCUAGCUGUCCACUACCUGCUGUGGUUUCCCCCGAAGGAUCUCUGUGUCUGUCUGUUGCCCUCUCCAUACUCCUGCAACACAGCCCAGCCCAUCCGUGGCAAACCACAAUGAAAUGUGAGAGCGUUGAAAAGUCACCAUUUUAAUAAUUACAACAGAAGCAAUCGUAAAAACACAGUACAGUCGAUAAACGCUAAAGGGUUACACUGAGAUAUGGCCACAUUCUUUUGGUAUUUUCCUUUCAACCAAAACCGUUGAAAUGCAUUGACCGUGGGUGUGUGCACAGAUAACUCGGGCUGGUGUUUGUUUAAUAUGUAUUUAAUUGUUUUAUGACCGUCAAGUGAGAACUACAGGAAAUAAAUACAAAAUGAAAUACCACAUUCGACUGGCAUAUUUGGUUUGUCGUGGUUUAAAGCACCAUGUUUGUUUUCAAUAAAUACAAUAGAAUAUGACUAUGUCUGUACAAAUGGAGUGUGCACAUAAUGUACAUUUCCAGUAGGAAAAAUGGUGACAGCAUCACGUGGCUGUAAUAGAGACAAACUUGAAUUAUUCAUGCUGAAUACAUUAACACGUUGGUAUAAUUAGCACCUUGCCACACAGAUUUUCAAAAGCAUGCAUUUAUUCGCUGUUGUAAGAGAGACCUGUUGGUUGUCAUCUAUGAAGCUCAUAUACAUAUUUAACCCUGAAACGUUCCAUGCUUGAGAAAAAAAAAAAAA